AUGGACCUGCCUCAGGGAAUCCGUUCGAUGGUCUAUGAAUCGGCUCUACUUCUGGGUACGGAGCCCGAUCACUCUUGCAAGCCGAAUCUUGAGCCUGCAGCCAAACCUGCUCUACUACAGACCUGCCGCCACAUUCGUCAAGAGGGAACAGCCAUCUUCUUCCGCAUCAACCGCUUUGUCCUCCAUUCUCAUCUGUUUCGCCCUGACAGCCUCUAUCCCCGUACUGAAUCCUGGUUAAAGGACUACCUGAGCGCCGAUCACCUACAAAACUUACGCUACAUAACUCUGGCCUCGCAGUGCUGCCGCAGCUGCCCCAGUCAUCACAUCAACAUCGAUCUCUGCUGCCGCGACCCUCUGAAAUGGACAAUCCGCAAACGCCANAUCUUCCCCCACCUGCUCUCUUGUGAGGACCAACCUGACUCACCAGAGAUUACUUUCAUGCAAGAGAGGCGCCAAGGUCUUCUAAAGUCCCCUCAGAGCGCCGAAUUGGUCGCCAAGAACAUCGCUACUGCCAAAGGAGUCCUUGACAAGCUGUGGGAAACGUGUGGUCAAGGCGGUAUAAUGAGACCUUCGUAUGUUGGACUCCUGGAUUCUAUGACAGCUGUAUCCAAGGUCAACAUGAGUCUCAUGUUAGACUCGUGA